UAAAUGCUUCAAGUUUAAACGAUUAAACAAAGGCCUAAGUACUUCAACUCAACUAUAACAAAACCAAACAAACGUUUGGAGUUCGCUCAAAACAAAAACCUUCAUAACAGAGAAAUUGCGGAAUCGCUCUAUCAUCGGCCACGUUUGGAGUUGACCAAGCCAUCACCCGUUACAGUUUACACCAUGAUUAAUCUUCUUCGCAACGAUCUACUCUCACAAUCGCAACCACCGAUCGAAUCUCUGAACCCUAGCUUGUACUUUUCCCCUUUCAACUCAGAUAUGAGAGCUUGCGCUUAAAUAGGCUUAAUGGUAUAGCUAAGGUUCUUGGAGUACUUGCUUCUGCUGGAGGAGCUUCAAUCAUUACCCUAUACAAAGGACCAACAAUUUAUGCUCCAGAAUCACCUUUAGCAGUACAUCAGGGACAAUUCUUGUCUCUAUUUGAGGACUUCAAUGGGAAAAACAUGAACUUGGGUGGCAUUUUUCUCUUUGGUCACUGUUUGAGUUGGUCUGGUUGGAUUUUGAUGCAUGCAUUUGUUCUGAAAAAAAUUCCAGCACAACUCACUGUUUCUGCUUUUACUUGCUUAUUUGGUAUUGUGCAGUUUGGGACGAUUGCAACAUUUCUUGAGAAGGAUCCCAAAGCUUGGCAGCUCAAUUCCUUUGAAGAGGCCUAUUGUAUUUUGUACUCGGGAGUGGUGAUUUCAGGAGUGGCAGCAGCAAUACAAAUAUGGACUAUUAGAAAAGGAGGGCCAGUGCUUGCUUCAAUUUAUCUUCCCUUACAGACAUUGCUGGUAGCUUUUUCUAAUAUUUUUCAAUUACUGCAGGGACAUGUUAACCAUUUGCUUAAACUUGAUGGUGCAAAGGAUAGGUUGCAACUCUUCAAGGCUGAUUUAGUAGAAGAAUGUUCUUUUGACUCUAUUAUUCACGACUGUCACGGGUCUUUCAUAUUGUUUCACUGGCUCGUUUUGUUGUUGACAACCCUCAUGUGGUGGAGGUAAAUUGGAAUCGGCGGGAAGUGGUUGAUCCGACGGUGUAUACCGGUUUGCUUGGUACGGCUUUUACUUGCUUGAGGUCGUUUGAGGUUACCGGUUGCCGUGAGGAUUUGUUGUUAUGCUCGGAGAUUAUUGACAUGUGUGUCACUGUCGCACGUGCCUCCCUCAGACACGUGACAUUUGUGUGGUAGAGGAGGAGUAUGUGCCCUUGGAGCUGUCGUUGCUAAUUACAUGGAGGAAGAUCAUAUGGCUUUUGUGUUAGACUACUUGUUUUAGUGGUAACCAUAAGCUCUGUCAGCUUGCAAAUGGAGAAUUCAAACACUUGUUCCUGUGACUUGAGCUUUUUUACUUCUGUUUUCUUUAGAAAUUUUGAGCUUUUUUUUUACCACAAAAAUAAUGAAGUAGCAAGAAAUACUACUUGUUAUUAACUUUGUAGUAGAAUUUAUAGUAACUUAUUGUUCAAUAAAUUUGUCUUAUUAAAAUUCAAAACAUUU